AUGCAAUUGAAUGAAAGUCUCACAAAACUUGAGACUUUUCGUGAUGAUACAGAGUUGCAAUUUUCAGUUGUUUAUGGACCACCUAAAAUUAAAUGUAGAAAUCCUAAAGAACACAUCCUGUUAAUACUUGACUCAUCUUUCAAUCCACCUCAUUGGGGUCAUUAUACGCUAAUUGAACGGGCUAUUGAAUCAUAUGGUCAGGAGCCUAAUGUUGAAGUUCAUGUUCUUCUUCUGUUAUCUGUUAAUAACGCAGAUAAAGGUGAGAAACCAGCGGCAUUCGACAAACGGAUUGACAUGAUGUACCUGUUAUCCAAAACUUUAAAAGAUGAAUUUCAAAACUUAAUACCCACUGUGGCUCUCUGUAAAUCGGCAAGAUUUGUUGAUAAAAGUAGUGACGUUAGGAAAAAUUUGUUUGAAAUUGGUAAGAUCGUUUAUUUACUAGGCUUCGACACUAUUACAAGAGUUCUAGACCCUAAAUAUUAUCUUCCGAAAACAUUAAAGGAAGCAAUGGGAGAAUUCAUGCUACAUACAGAAUUCUUCUGUCUAACUCGAGGAGAAGAAGGUAAAAAUGAUUCGCAGGAUAUUGUUAACCAAGGUAAGUAUGUAGAAGACAUCUCGAACGGAGCUUGCGAACCUACAAUUCCAAAAGAAUGGGGAUCAAAAAUUAAAAUCGAGGUAAAUCAAAAUGAAUAUUGUUCGAUUUCUUCUUCAUCUAUAAGAAAAGACUUAAUGAAACGUCAAUAUCGAACGGUAGAAAAUAAAUUACCUUAUAGAAUAUUAGAAUAUAUUAGGGUUAAUGAUGAAAAAGCAAAAUCAUCAAUAUUUAUUUAA